AUGGUUCUCAAUUAUGCAUCAAGAUUGUUUUGGAAACGAUCUCUUAUUGAUAAGAAGAUAAAAAACAGCCACGCUUUGAUGUUAGCUAACGGUUUCUUCUAUCAAACAUGUAAGUAUUUAGGUAACGUCGUUUGAGGUUUAGAUGGUAACUUACAUUAAAAAGCUAAUACUUUUUAAUAUAACGACAUUGGUUUAGGUAAGGGUCAAUUUGCUUUUUUGCCAUUGGGUCAGCGGGUUUUGGACAAGUUGUCAUUAUUAAUUGAAGCAGAGUUGAACAAUAUUGGUGGCCAGAAGUGUUCUCUUCCUUCGAUGGCACCUGCUUCUUUGUGGAAGAGAACUGGACGGUGGCAGGAGUAUGGAAGUAUAAUGUUUAAGUUAAAAGAUCGAGAAAGAACGGAGUUCUGUUUGCAACCGACGGCCGAAGAGAUGAUGACAGAUAUUGUGGCCAACUAUGGCACUAUCACUCCGGGAGCAUUGCCUUUGUUGUUAUAUCAGGUAACCGAAGUUUUAUGGUUUAUUAUAUUUUAGACUACAGAAAAGUAUCGCAACGAAGAGCGCCCAGAGUUCGGGAGUAUCAGAUGUAGCCAGUUUCUGAUGAACGAUCUAUAUUCUUUCGAUGUCGACAAAGCAACAGCUUCAGAAACAUACGGGGUAGAUAUUGUUAACAGUAUUUGUGUUUUUAGUAGGAGUUUUUUUAGAAUUUAUGCCAUUUUUAGGAACUUUUUGAAUUAUUAAUAUAUUUUAGGUAAUAUCAGCUGUUUACAAAAGGAUUCUAUUUAAUCGACUAGGAUUAAAUGAAACUCGGAUGGUUGAAGCUGACAACGGCGACAUGGGUGGAGAUGUAUCUCAUGAGUACCAUCUACCGAACGUGGCGGCUCAAGAUCACAUUGGUGUUUGUAACACUUGUGGUUCAUCUAGGUUAUGGGGACCUGAUGUUACAUGUGAGCCAUGCAACACAGUGAUGCAGAAGAUGCCUACUAUUGAAAUCGGACAUACGUUUAUGUUAGGAACGCGGUACACUGAAGCAUUUGGGGCUAAAGACGAGGGCGGUGUACCUUAUUUUAUGAAUUGUUUUGGACUUGGAGUAACCAGGUUGUUGGGGGCGAGGUAAGCUGGCUUUAGUUGCUUCUUUUCUGUGAAAGAUACUUAUAGAUUUAUGUUGGCUAAAUUAUUUUUUAAAUUUAGUAUUGAUUUGUUGUCGAGUGCCACAAUAAUGCGGUUGCCAGAAGCCUUAAGCGUGUUCAAGGUGGCCAUUAUCCUGCCUAAGCCUAUAAGUACUUCUUCGGCAUCGUUAGACUUUGCUUAUUCGAUUAUGAAUGAUCUCGAUGAUUUCGAACAUUUGAAAGAUGACAUUCUUAUUGAAGACAGGACUCAAAAGAGUGUUGGUCAGAGGUUAACCCACUUAAAUCAGCUUGGCAUACCCCAUAUCUUUGUAGUUCAAGCGAAAAAGUCAUACAAGCCGCAUGACACCAUCAGGAUCGAAUAUUUUAGGUAUGUUUUAAAUAUACAUUUCAAUUUUUAUUUCAUACUUUUGUAUCUGUAAAUUUUUUUGAUGAUGAUGUUGUUGUAGGACAGAACCUCGCUCAUUUGAAUUGAUCGACUGCGGAAUCCUAAAUCAUUCUCAAAUGUUUGAUGUGUUACGCAACAUUGAUAGGAAAUAA